AAUGCAGUAUUACUAAGAAUAGGUGUUGUCCAAUAAUAUAAGUCAUUGGUACCAAAAACUUCUCCAAGAUAAAAUAGGAGGAGAAGAAAUAGUGCUUACUACAAAGUGCUAAUUGUCCAAGAUUUCUGUGACAAUUCCAAUUAGACAUACUUAGAUGGGAUAUAUCCAUUGCUUAUUUGAUCUAGACAGUUGGAUGGAGCAUUACAAACAAAUGCAAAAUAAAGUUGAGCCAACGUAAUAUAGUUAUCAUAACGUAUAGAGGAUUUUAUUGCCCAGGGUGCAAAAAAUAUACGAAUUUUAAGGAUUAUGGAGUGGAUUAAACUUUUUAUCACGUGUUGGAGGAGAUGAGACUAUUCAAAAUGAGAAAUCCAAAUAUUAAAUUAAAUGAAUCUUAACUAAUCUAUUAACCAAGCAAGAAUAUUUACUACGUGGAGACUAAAGUAGUUAACCCUCCUAAUUCUAAAAUAAAAUUGGUACCUCAAAGAUACCCACUUCCAGGUUGUGUUCCAAUCUUCGGUGUGUCUCGAAGAUAACAACAAAUUACCAAUUAGCAUUAAAAUGAAAACCAAAAAAGAAUUCUUGAUGAAAUGAGCUAAACCAUUGUGAAAUUACAACAGCUCCUAUUUAGCAAAUUGUAUAAGAUCUUCAAAAAAAAUUCAAAUCUCACCUUUAAAUCCUUACAAGACAAAGUUGCUGCAAAAAAGCAUUUAUGCAAACAGGAGUUAGCUAAGUCCUUGAAACUUGUUUAAUUAGGAAGAAAGUCCUUAAGUGACGAUUAUGUUUUUGCUCUAAAAAAGAUUUCAUUGAACAACCAGCUGCAUUCAAUUGUAUUAAGUUAUCACCAUCUAUUAGUUGAUUGUUUAUCUAGUCUAAUACGGUAUUUGGUACGAGUACGAUCUCACCUUUAAUGGCCAACCUUAUGUUUAAUUGGAGCAAGCCUUAUACAUUAAAGGUGAAAGUGAUGCCUAAAGGAACACGAUUUAUAUCAUUGGAGGUUAGAAAUAAGAUAGAUUCGCCCAAUCAAACCAGUGUCUAUAACUUACCUUUCCAAGAAACCCAUUCUAAUCGGUUGAAGAAUAAGCGAAAAUAGUAGCAUUGCCUGAUUAUCCAUUGGAGGGAUAUAAUUUCAUGGGGACAUCUUACAAAGGGUAAUAACAUUCUCAUUACACUUAGAAAUCUCUUUGUAUUUUAUGGAUAGAGACAGACCAAAAACAGUGACAACCAAAUCAAAUUUCAACUAUUAAAUUCUUAAUAUGUAUUAAGAAGGAAUGGAUACAAUUAAAAAUGGGAGUAAAUGAGGAACAACUUAGUUGACAGAUUUGAUGGUAGUUUCUUUAUUAUUUCUCAUGAAUAAUUCGAUAAAUUGAUUGUAUUCUUUGGUGGCAUAACCAAAGAUCCAGAUGGUGUACCUAAUUAUAAAAGUUAAUAAUAACAUUCAGGGUAAAUCUUUAUAUGCAAGGAUGAAAAGUUUUUGGGUAGUCCAAAAUAAGAUUUUCUAAUCAAUUUUGCUGGAUAAGAUGAAUAUCAUAAAUCUGUUUUAGCUUCUCCAGUUUUCAGUUGUCCAUAUUACGGAAAUAAUUAAUUGAUUCUAUCAGGGGAAUGUUUGAAAUAUAAAAAUGCUGAAAUAAGAGAGAUCUAUACAUUUGAUUGGGGUAAUGCAGAAAUGAAAUUGAAUGAAUUAUUCUCAUUGGAGCCUCCUGAAUUCAUCUUCACUCCUUAUAGAAGAAGAAUAUCUGGUUAUGAUAUAUUUUCCCCUGUCUAGGACCCUCAAGGUGCAAUUUCGUAUGGAUUCUUUUAUCUGAUCCACUAAUAUGAAGUUGAUUAAAAUUAGAAUGAAAAAGGCCAAAAAGUUAUGACUUAAUUGCUGAAAAUUAAUUUGACCAAUGGAUUAUGUAAUCAUGUAUGAUAAUUCUAGUUUUCACCAUCCCAUAUUAAGAGUCCUCGGCCUCAAGAGAGGUAGCUAGAAAUAAUUUAUAACUAUUAGCCGAUGUCCAUAAUCAAUAUCUGUGACAUAUCACGUUUUAUUUUAAAUGGUGG